CAGAGGAAGAAGAAGCAGCAACAGAAGAAGAAGAAAAAUUAAAACUACUGGCGCUCGGUGGUAGCGGUGUGAGUUUUCCUUGCUUUUCUCAGCAACAGUUUAACGACAUGGACUUAACGAUUAGUCUUCCUCCUGUCGGCACUUCAGUCCAGCAGCCUGAUGUGCCAGGUGGUGCUGAUCAACAGGCCAUGGGAGUUUACCUCCGAGUGCGGCCCUUCUCCAGACAGGAGCUCUGUGACGACCAGGACCAGGAUUGUGUGGUGAUUGAAAGCAGCCAGACGGUGACACUGAAUGCACCGAGAGGUUCUGCCACAAUGAAGAGCAGUGAGAAGGGCGUUGGCACGACGGCCCACAGGUUCUCCUUCUCACAGAUUUUUGGGCCGGAGACGACACAGGCGGAGCUAUACGAGAAUACAGUCCAAAGCCAAAUGUCUGAUUUCUUGGAUGGGAAGAAUGUGCUGAUGUUCAGCUACGGUGUAACUAAUGCUGGGAAAACCUUCACAAUCCAAGGAACCCCAGAAGAGCCAGGAAUCCUCCCCCGAGUCCUGGACGCCACCUUUCACCACAUCGGAGGUGAUCAGUAUGAGGGGAUGGACCUGAAGCCCUACCUGAGGAAUGAUGCCCAGUGCCUGAAUCCUGAGCAGGUCAAGCAGGAGAGAAGUGCUAAGGCUGCCAUUUUUGCUUCAGUGAAAGAACACUGUGAUCCUGUCCAAGCCAGCGGUGGUUCAGAGUCCAGUUUAUCACAGCCUUCCGUGUCCUGCAGCCACACCGUGCUGGGCAGCCACCCAGCAGAAGCAGGCAGCAGCCAGUUUGCCUUAUGGGUGGCCUUCUUUGAAAUCUACAAUGAGUGUGUGUAUGAUCUGCUUCAACCUGCCUUGUGCUCCAAGUUCAUGAGACGUCCUGCUCUGCGUGUACGCGAGGACAGUACUGGAAAUGCGUAUGUUAAAGGUCUCAGGUGGGUCAACAUCCAGAACAUGGGUGAAGCCUGCAAACUACUGCAGUUUGGAAACAAAAAAAGAAGCGCUGCAGCUACAAAGAUGAACCAGUCCUCUAGCAGAAGCCACAGCAUAUUUACCAUGAAGCUACUGAAGAUUGAAGGCAGUGCAGUUCGAAGGAUGUCUGAGUUUUCUCUGUGUGACCUGGCUGGCUCAGAAAGAUGUAACAAAACCAACACAAUUGGAGAAAGGCUGAAGGAGGCGGGGAACAUAAACAACUCGCUGCUCAUCCUGGGGAAGUGCAUCACCGCCCUUCGCAACAAUCAGACUGACGGAACGAAGAGCAGCUACAUUCCUUUCAGAGAGAGUAAACUCACAAAGCUCUUCCAAGCUUUUUUCUGUGACAGUGGAAGAGCAUCAAUGAUCGUCAACAUUAACCAGUGUGCUUCCACCUAUGACGAGACUCUCCAUGUCAUGAAAUUCUCAGCUGUUGCCAGACAGGUGAUCACACACAAACCUCUGGAGUCUCUGGCUCCUUGCCUGGUUGGUUGUGAUGGCAAAACUCUGGUGAGGAAUGGGAUGAUUGACAACCAGCCCCUGGACACCUACCUGUUAGAAGAGGAGCUGCUUGAUGAAGAUGAGGCUGACUUCUCUCUGCUGCCACAGAAUGAGCUUGUGAAUAUGCUCGAAAGCCUCCGAACAAAACUGCUGGCUGAGAGAAGAAGAAACCUGGAACAGGAAAUAGAGAUUCGCAAGGAAAUGGGAGAUGCGAUGUUGCAGCAGCUCAUGGAAAGUGAAGAGCUCCGUAGACGAGAGGUAGAGGAGCUGAAGGAAGGCUACCAAGAAAAGCUGGAGAACACGUUUGAGAUGUACAAGGAGGCUAUCAAAGCACACGCUUACCAGAGUGCUAUGAACAGUCUGGAAGAUAAUUAUGUGCAUGUGGAUGAAUUCAUCGCUGAGCAGGAGAAAGUAGAGGUCCUCAGGCAUAAAGUGUCGGAGUUGGAGACCAGCACCAGAGGAGUGUCUGCAGUUCCAACAGUGGACCGGUUGUGCCAGACUGAAGCAUCUCAAACAGCGGAUCCGUGCAACUGGCUUCACAACAAGAAACGGGCCAUAGCAAGGGCGUGUGAGGAUAUGCAAGAGUUGAUUUUGUCCCUAGAGAGAAGGCUGACGGAGCUCAGUGACAACCUUCAGAAGGUCAGAGAUGGCUUCCUGGAGAAAUCAGCUGCUCUGCGGAGGAUGCCGGAUGAUCAGGCAAAAUCUGUGGCGGACAUUGUAGGAGACAGUGUUGAGGAGGACACAGAGAGCACCUCACUGAAGGCCCAACAUGCCAAGUUUUCCCAGCCAAAGACCAAGCAAGGCCUGUUCGCCAGCAUCAGGGAUGCGGUUACUUCCCCACGGAAGGGAACGAGCGGCCGAGCUCUUCGGAGGGCGGUUCAAACUGCGCAGACCUGAAAGGCUCAGCAUCAAGACAAAAGGAGAGGUUCCUUUAGGUUUUUGAAAAUUUCCUGAGGACAGUUUAAAGGGACCUGGACAAAAAACUCCAACAACUGUGAGAAACAGGAAGUGACUGAUCACUUUUCUUCAGGUCAUGUUUUUUGUGUGGAGAUAUUUUUAAUACGUU